AUGUCGCCCUCUGUCUCGUCGUCCUCCUCAAGCUCGUCAGAUGAUGAGCCCGACGCCCAAAUGUUAGCCGCCCAGGGCGAGUCUUCGGAGGAAGACGCCGACCAGCCGAGCUCCGCGAAAACACGUGCGAUGUGUGGCCAAUUCGUGUGGCCAUGUCCGCGCGAAUUUCCCGCCGAUCCAGCAGUUCGCAAAGCUCGCAACUUUCUCAUCCCUGAAGACAUGAGCAAGGAAACCCUUGGCCAAACUUUCAAGGCUGUGCUGGCGCAACACAACCAGUUCGUGAACCUGGACCGCCUUCAUAUCUUCGAUGAACCCCACAAAAAGUUCAAUGCCGCGACGGGCCUCCGUGCCAGGCACUACCACAUCAUUUUCCGCUUCAAGGCCGUUUUCGCGCACUUGCAGAUUGCGAAGUCCCUUCGGGCAAAGGGCAUCCAUGGGCACUUUUCGUUCAAUCUCGUCGGUUACCAGGCCUAUCUUCAAUAUUGCUUGCAGCCUUCGGCCCACAAGCUGCAAGCAGAUCUCGACAUGGAGCCCUGGUCCAUUCCCUCCCGCCUGACGGCACAGGAGCUUUUGACGAUUUGCAACGCGAAAAACCCCCAGCAAGAUGCGCGCAAUGGUCACGGCAAGGGCAAAAAGCGUGUCUUGAUGACAUUCAGUGAAAUUACUGAUUGCUUUGUGGAAGCAAACGUCAAGUCCACAAAGGAUGCUUGGCUUCUUGCAAAGAAGCGCAAGUUGGCAGGCGAUGAUCUCCUUUUCAACACCCUCGGGGCCGCGAAUGAUGUGAGCAGCUUGGUUGCCAAGGUUGUCCUUGCGUGGAAUUGCGAGGACAUGCCAACUGGCACACUCCUGUUCGACGCCAGCUUCUCGUUGCAACAGUUUCUUUCGCUGGACGCCAUUCAUCCGGAUCUUCCGCAGUGGGUCUCUGGGGGUCAUCUUUCGAAGGCUCUCAUUCUCCAGGGUGAGGGAGGUCUAGGCAAAACCGAACUGGCCUGCGCAAUCAUGUCCGUCAUAUGCAAAGGCAAAGGCUUUCAUUUCGUGAACAAGCUGGAUCGACUGCGAGAUGUAACCUUCCUGCCCCAUCAAGGUCUCAUCGUGGAUGAACUCUGCUUGCACAAUCGGGACAUAGAUGAUGUCAAAGGCCUUCUCGAUCUCGCAAAACGCAGGGAUGUACAGUGCCGCAACAAAGAUGGCGGCAUCCCAGCACAUUGCCCUCGCAUCUUCAAUACCAAUUGGGGUUGGGAUGGCUUCUUCCCGCCAGCUGUUGCCCAGACCAAGCACCAUUAA